AUGGCACCUCAGGGAGCCUCUCCCAUAACUCCACCCCAGAUCGGCGACUCCAUCAUACACCAUGCAUUCAACGUCCCCUUCGCAUCCGAGCUGGCCGGCCCCGACACCGAGGACAUCCUGCAUGCCACCGCCGACGCCGUCCUGCGCUGGACACACCCUGCCGAAGCCCCCGAUGAUGUCCCUGUCUACGAGCUCCCCGUCCACACCGACAACCUCGCCAAGUUGAGGAAGAUGUGCAAGGACAUCACCACCAGCCCGCUUCCCAUCGAGGCCCACGUCAUCUCCACCAUCCCUAAGCAUGUCAAGGGCCAGGUCACCACCGUCUGCCUCUCCGGCUCGCACGAGAUGGUCUGGCAGACCCGUGAGAAGAUCCUGAACGAGACCCCUCUGUCUCUGCGUUGCACCACGGUGGACAUUGACGGUGAUAUGGUGGCCGACAUCAACGCCGGCUCUCUCAAGCACGUCGUGACGGAAACCAUCGACAAGAUUUCCGCCUUCUGUGGCGUCGACAUCUUUCUCCUUGGACCCAAGCUCACACCCAUCGUUGAUGGAGUGAACGGUGACGUCGAAGUGCGAAGGGAUCAGCGUUGGCGGGUGGCUAUCUACGGCGACAUUCUGUCUUCCGAACACGCAAAGACACGCAUCCUGGUCUCGAUCGACCAGUGGUUGGGUCGCAUUAUUGACAUGAUCCACAUGGACUUUACUCUGCAGCAGGCAAUCUGCGGUCGUAACCGGAAGAACAUCAAGCUUAUCGAGUCUGCCACCGGAACCGCCAUCUACUUCCCUCCGCCGUACUCGAGAUACUUCCGAUACUGUCCCAAGAACGCAUCGCCCCGGGACCCGAACGAGAUUAUCAUCACCGGAGACAAGCCUCGGCAGAUUGAGCUUGCAAAACUCAAGCUGGGAGAUCUACUGAAUCGCUGCAGGCUAUACGUCAAGGAUGUCCCCAUGCCGCCGGAGAAGGUCGACACGAUUCUCUUGACUCGACUGGACAAGGUGCGAAAGAUUGUCGAGGCCAAUGGCAGCUACAUCCAGUUCCCUCCUCUGGGUUCGCGGUCGACUCCGGUCCGGAUUCAGGCUACUGAGAACCUGCACAUUGAGCGAACCGUUCGGGAGCUCAUGUCUCUUGCUGGUCAGUUCUACAGCGGGUUCUGGGCAGCCCAGCCUGACGGGCGGAGGCUGCCGGAGGACAACGACAUCAGACUUAUGCUUGGAGACAUCUGUGCCAACUCUGAUGCCGAGAUUUCAUUCCAGCGUUUGUCCUUCACCAUCGAUGGCUCUGACGACGCGGUCAAGGCAGCGCUACACGUGAUCUCUCAAAUCAAAUUCGUGACACAGACACAGUAUACCAUCAGGGUCAAGAUCGAGCUGGCGAAUGAACACAAGGAAUUCGUCAGCGGCAAGAAGAAUGGCAAGAUCAACAAGAUCAUGGGACAGAGCAAUGUUCAAAUCAUGUUCGAGAACUUCGGCGAGUACAACUUCAACAUCGACGUCAAUGGCUCUUCCUACGACUCGAUGAAGCAGGGCCUGGGCCUGGUAGAACAGGAGAUGCCAGCUUCUAUCUCGUUCCACGUGCCUGACCAGUACCACAAGCGGAUCAUUGGCAUUGGCGGCCAACACAUCCAGCGCAUCAUGAAGAAGCACUCUGUCUUUGUCAAGUUCUCCAAUGCUCAAGAACGCAAUGGCAUGAUUCGAGAAGAUGAUGACAACACGCUGGACAACGUCAUCUGCCGUACCCCUGCGCGGAAUGCCCAGAACCUUGAGCUUGUCAAAUCUGAGAUCCUGGAGAUGGUCGAUCGCGUCGACUCUGAGUUCACUUCUCAGGUGGUGCCUGUCGACCGUUUGUACCACCGCCAGCUGCUCGCCCGCCUUUCGGAUAUUGCAAUCAUGGAGAAGAAAUGGAAUUGCAAGAUCAUUUUCCCAAGCACGGAGCAGGCCAGCGAUGAGGUUACCUUCACUGGUCCCCAGUGGCAGGUGCCCCUUUGUGUGGACGAGUUCUUGGGUAUGGUGCCCGACAACCACGAGCUCGUUCUGGCCCGCACGCCGGCUUUGAUCAAGUACCUGGAGUCUCCUGAAUUCGUCAACGAAGUUGUGCAGAAGCUCAAGGCACAACAUGAGGUUGACCUGACCGUUCAUCAGAACGCAUCGGAGCUCACCGAGGACGGCAAACCGACGGUCACGCUCCUCUGGACUUUCACUCGAAACAACGCUGGCGGCCUGCGUGAUGCCAUGGAGCUUCUUCACGGACACUUUGCCACUGCGGGUGUUGAGGAGACCAUUAUCAAAGGAUCCAUGCCGCGGCCGAAGUCGGAUACUUUCGAGGAAUCUCUCCAGUACUUCGAUUCCAAGCUUCUGCAACACGCGCCGACAACAGUCGCGACCGACUCGCCUACGAAGACUGCCUUCGGCGACGAGGUGGCACGCGAGCGCAGCACGAUCUUUGACAAGCUUCGAAAGCCUGGGAGCAUGUCAUCCAUCUCAUCCUUUCUGGACCGUCGCAAGAACAGCUCUCACUCUGCCAGCAACUUCUUCAAGGGCUCAAGCAACGUGUCCAAAUCAUCUCUCAUCUCCAUUGAAUCAACUCGCAGCUUUAAUGCUGAACGUAACCCCUGGAACGACAGCGGUGUAAACCUACCCGACGACGACAGCCCAUGGCCAAACCGUCCCUUCGGUAACGGCGCCGAACACAAGCCGACGCCCAACGGCAUCGCCCAGCCCGGCGAUGUCACUCCCCGCCACAAUACCCGACAGUCCGCCGACAGCGGGCGUCCUUCCACUGCUCAUUCUACGAAUUCUGGAUACCCCGGUCCUAUUGGUGGGCCAUACCAUUAG